AUGGCAUCUCGAUAUAAAUUGUUCCUUAGACUUUGCUCAGAAUGGCCAGUUGAUAUAUCGAAGACGGAUCGUGAUCUAGGUACAUACAUUCGAAAAGUUGUAGGUGAAAGAUUCAAACUUGGAGAAGCCUCACAGAUCGACGAAAAGGAAUGUAAAAGACAAUAUGAAGCACUGCAAAAAAUAAACACAGACUAUUAUAAAACGAAAUAUGAGAUACCUCUUAGGAAAGGAUGCACCGGACUGUCAGCAGAUGAAUUACAUGAUCAUUUAUCCACACAAUCUAUGGAAGCAAUGUCGAGAGAGGAAGGGAUAUUCACAAGAAUGAAAAAAUCAUUGGAAGUUGAGAAUAACGAAAACAAAAUAACCAUACUUGCCAAAGAGCUUCGAUCUCUUCGCAGAAAUGUUGAGUCAAAAAUAAGCAAUCUACAAGAGGAAAUUGGAACACAAAAUAAAUACAAACAACAUUACAGAUACUAUGAAAUGAAAAAGUUGUUUAAAAAAGUUCAUGAUUUGAAAUAUCUGACGUUAACACUCAAAUUGGAUGUAAGACAAUUAUUUUAUGAAGAUGAUUUCAAGUCUACAUAUUUGUCACCGCUUACUACAAAAGCUCCAUUACAGACCUUGGAUGUAUCUCUAGAAUUGGACAAAAAGCUCACUGUUUCUUGUUACCGUACUAACACAAAGGCCGAUGAAUUUAAGACUGAAUUAAAUCCAUUUUCACACUGGUAUCACAAUGGAAAUAGGAUAGCUUCAAAAGACCGACACUAUGCAGCAGAGUAUUCUAGAGAUAAAAGUGUUGUGACAUUGACUAUUAGCAAGCUUAAAUACAAAGAUACGGGAGUGUUAGAAUGUAAAGACAAUAUGUCUGAAGUGUUUCUGCACAUCAACUUGAAAGUAAAAGAACCAUGUAAAGACUUUAAAUGUGAUGGCAAAUGUGUAGAGUGGUCCCGUAUUUGUGACAAAAAUAAAGAUUGUCUUCGUGGGCAGGACGAAAUUUUCUGUGAGUUAAUUGCAGACGUAACAGAUGGAGCCAUGUCAGGACGAGGCACUGUUGUAGUUCUGCUGAAUAGAAUGAAAGGUUGGGUGUGUUAUGAUGGAUGGGACCAGUCUGGUGCAGAUGUUCUAUGUCGCUCUUUAGGAUAUAGUAGAGGAAUGGUAGGAAAUCCAAGAAUUCAUUUCGAAGACCGAGGCUUUCUAGUGGCUGAUAUAGAAUGUACAGGCAAUGAACAAUCACUAGCACAAUGCAACAGAAAUAUAACCAGAGUUGGAUCUUGUCAAGCAAUAGCAACCGCACUAUGCAUGAACAAGUAAUAACUAAGUCAUCAUGAUAUAAUCAGUAACGGUUUCUCAACUUUACGAUGAAUUGUUGAAAAAUAUAAAUAAAAAUGU